GGUGCCACUUCCUUUAGGGUAUCUUUAUUCUUCUUAAAUAUUUGCAACCGCUUCGAUUUUGAUUCCGGGCCGAAUUCGUAUUCUGCAUUUUCAAAAGGACCGAUUCCAGCAUCUUUAAAAUCAAGUUUUAAGACAACUUCAUUCCAAAGUUGUUCAAAAUGUGAAUGGCAAUAUACUUGAGUGAGCAAAAAGCACAGGACGAGAAGCUUCAUCACGAGGAUUGGAGAAAAUGUACUACUACUAAUAAAUUGCCACGUUUCCGACGUGCUUUGUUUUUGGUCUCGUAUGUGUUUUGGUCUGCUGUUAAACAAACCAGAGAGUGGACACCCAUCUUCAACUCAACAUCCAACAUGGUCGGUCCCUUCACCUCCUCAAACCUCCCAGUAUUUAAGUUGAAGUUCACUGAAAAUAAAGUGGCAGACCAGUGGCUAUACCAGAGUGUAAACGUCAACCUGUACGAUGGAAAUGGAACAAGACUUGGUCUUACAAACUUCAUUAUCUAUGCCACAAUUGUGGAUGAAGAGGUUCAGGUAACGGGUUACAAACGGUUCUAUUUCAGUGGACCAUGGUCAGGAAGCAGAAGUUGCUCAAAAAAACUCAACUUGGAUUAUCUUAAAGAUUUCAACUUCGAGAUGGUUACUUCAGUUGGAUCGGAAGAUAUGUUCCAGUUCACAACAUCUAGCGGAGAGAGAAACAGUGAGAGUAUGGGAGUCUGCAGCAGUUACUCUACCUGGCAGGAUAUGUUGCUUGAGGCUGAGAGUGCUGAUUUGGGGAUGAGAUCCUGGCUGAGCGACCUGCCCGACUACUUUACUACUGAGUACACCGUGACACCAGAUUAUUCAACUGAUAGCCAGUCAGGGACUUGGAGCAAGAACGCUGGUAAAUAUCUGAGCGGCUACAGCGUAGGAACCGCCAAAUACGACAGUCUUCUGAAGGCUCAGAGCGAAUGUCUCAUACGAUCCGACUGUGGAGGUAUCACAUACGAGACCCUAUCCAAAAAGUUCACUCUGCGAAGAGGAGUCAACCUCAAGGACAGUCCCUCCAGUGAAAUCUCCUGGAUGGCUAUCUCAAGCGAAGGAUCCCUAUUUCCAAUUAAGGAAAACAGUACAAGUACAUGGAACUGGGCUCAUGAUGGUAUAACUAAUAACGGGGUCCUUGAGUUGCUUGGUGACGGGGCUGUAAAGUGGAACAAUGGUGACAGACAGGGUAGUUGGGGACUCAGAGACAAUGGCACAAUCCUGGGUACCACCUUUAACCGUCGUUAUCAUGAGCUGAGGUACGAAGAUGGGAUAGCGACCCUGGUAAUCCCCAAGAGAUCCCCUCCCAGUACUAUGACACUGAUAUCAGUUAUAACAGGUGUAGAGGUCGGGCCGAAACUGUAAUCAGACACUAAAGAGAACCAAUUAUUCUACAACUUCAAUGAUGAAUAAAGAUCUCUGAAUCCUGAUUGCUAUUAAUUAUGCAAAUUUUAACCAAUUUUGUUCAUUAUUUCAGAAUAUUAUUUAGUAGACAAA